AUGUCACGCGCAGCACCCGCGAAACUGCAGCCUCUGAUCCAGGACCCUGCGGACGGCACGCCCGUAAAAGAGGUGGCACCGUUCCUACGCAGUCUGCGGCUCAUGCUGAACACCGAGAACCCACGCAUCCUACGAUGGACGAUGGAUGGCAAGGCGUUUGAGAUUCACGACAUGGCUGCCAUGGCUAGACACGUGCUGCCCAAGUACUUUAAGCACCGCAAGUACGCGAGCUUUCAGCGGCAGCUCAACUACUUCCAUUUCCGCAAAUGGACCAAAUCGCGCGCCAUCGUAUGCACGUUCUCGAACCAGUUUUUCCAGCGCGACCAGCCAGCUCUGACGUGGCACAUUACGCGCAAGCGCUCGCUGUCUCCGACCAAGAACCCUUUGUUUCGAAGCAGCCCCGUAAGAGCAGAACCACGAGCUCCGUUGGCGUUCAUGGCGCCAGACCUGCAGCUCAGCAGCCAGCUCACCCGCGUGAAGCAGACGACUUCGGAGCCAGAGACGCUCGGUGGAGAUGCGUCGCUCGCGUGGGUCGACGCACUGUACCCAGAGUUGGAGCUGGAUCUGCUGGACGACAGCGACCCUACGUCCACAAACUGCUGUUUGCUGACGGAACCGCUAUGGCUCUAG